CCCGCAGCACGGCGAGCCAUUGAUUUGAUCCAGGGCUGCCUGUUUUAUCCAGAUUACAAUCAUGAGGGCGACACUAAGAUUGCUGGCAAAUGUUAAGCCGGGCAGAUACCUAGAGCCGUUCGCGCCCACCGGUCUCACCGGCCUUAACACGCACCCCAGUCCCCGACCAACUCUCAUCUACCUGUACCAAACGACUCUAGACAAGCUCAAGACUAUUCCUGAAUCGUCCGUAUAUCGUCAAUCGACAGAAGCGCUUACACGCCACCGGUUAAACGUCGUCCAGUCGGUGAAACCCCCCGGUUUCGAUUCUUGGCUUCAGAGAGUUAAAGCGGCUGUUGCGGAGAAUCCGGAGGCCUAUAAAACUGCUUUAAGACCAGACGGCUCCUACGCUGCAUACGAACAAAAGGAGAAGCCAAAGGAGGAGAAAGACUGGUCCGGAGAACCGUUCAACCCUCAAUUGGAGGGCGCAUAUCUUAACGAGCAAGAGAUGGAGGCCCGGGUUAAGGAAGCCCAGGAAGAAGCAAAUAAGCAAUUGGAGCCUAAAUUGUCAUGGGAACCAGAACCAGCUCUUGAAGCAGCGCAGAUCUCCGAAAUCGAGCAGCAAAUUGGCAGUGGCCUAAUCGAGGAGGUUAUUCAAACCGCGCAAGCCGAGUUAGGGUUGGUCGAUGAAAUGGUCAAGCACAGAGUUUGGGAGGAGCUCGAAGAGAAACCUAAGCCGGGACAAUGGACCUAUUUUGAACGAGGAACCUCCCAAGAGUCCUAGAGGGUUUACAGUGCGGUGUUAGGAGCAGCGGCAGACUGGGCUGGUAGAUGAACGGCUUGUCUGCUUUUAUAGGAUUAUCACAUGUGCCCUGUCGUAAUCGGCACAUUUGGAUGCUAUGUACAUUAUAUCAUAUUGAAUCUUUGGUGCCCCAUACAAAUCGAAGACUGUACUAGCGGUUGUCAAAGUCUGAUUUCUUAUACUUGGUUCUGGCAUCGACCGAUUGGCAACGUGUCGGUGGCCUGUCUUCAAAGACACAUAUGUAUAUUUAUGCAGCCUCCUAGCCAAAUC